UAGAGAUAUGCGUAAUAUUUAAAGUCAGUAAAUUAACACGGUCAUAAUAAAUUCUCUUUCAAAGUUAAAUACACAAUACUUGUUUUUAUUCUCUUUUAAUAAAUAUAAAAUAACUUUUUAAGGAAUAAGAAUUAAAAAAUUAUGAAGGUAAACUUUAUACGUUCGUUUUUUAAAAAAAAUUAUGUGUGGAAAGUACCUAGUGAAAAAAAUGACACAAGUGAAAUUCUUGGAAAAAGUAAAAACAAUUGGAUGCAAUAUAUGGCAGUCAUUAGUGUUAGUACGAUGAGCAUCGCAUCAGGUGCAUUUGAAAUGUGGUUAUCACCAGCAUUACCAUACAUAAAAAGUACCGAUUUCAAAUUUCAAGUGUCAUCGGAUCAAAUUUCUUGGAUUGUUUCUUUAUUUAAUAUUGGCGAAAUAAUUGGUUUUCUUGUACAUCCAUUUUUUAUCAAUCGAAUUGGCCGAAAGUAUACACUACUUGCAUCAGCUGUACCACAAUUAUUGGCAUCUAUAUUGGUUUUUAUUGCUGAAAAUGUCACAACAUUAUAUGCGGCACGAAUUAUUGGUGGAAUUGGUUUUGGAGCUGGUUCAAUUGUUCAAAAUUUCUAUAUAAGUGAAAUUGCUGAAAAAGAUAUUCGUGGUCGAUUAGGAGCAUUUCCAGCAUUAGGAUUUUUAAUUGGUACAAUGAGUAUUCUAUUGACAGGUGCAUUUUCCACUUAUGAUGGAAUGAAUUUAACAAUUCUCAGUUUUCCAUUAAUUUUUAUGGUGAGCAUUAGUUUUAUGCCAGAAUCACCAUAUUUUUAUUUACAACGCAAUCAAGAUGAGAAGGCAAUGAAAAUUUUAACAAAAUUAAGAGGAGUUAACGAUUCAAAAAGUUUGGAAUUAGAAUUAAGUAAAAUAAAAGAAGCCAUCAUUGAAGAUAAAAAAAAUAAAAAAUUUAUUCUGCGAAAUUUAAUUGAGACUAAACGUCACCGGAAAUCAUUAAUAAUUGUAGCAAUAUUAAAAAUAGCUGUCGCGUUUUCUGGAGCAAGAGUUAUUGCAAUGUAUUUUCAAGUUAUUUUCAGUUACACGGGAUUUACCUUGGGCCCUCAAUAUAUCAUGUUAAUUAUGGCACCAGUAGUGGCUGUUCUUAUAGUACCAACAAUUGUAUUGGUUGAUUAUCUUGGAAGACGAUUAAUUAUUUUGUAUUCGAGUAUUGCAUGUUCAUUGGGUCUAUUUAUUGUUGGUUUUUUCUUUUUUUGGAAGGAUCAUAUUGACUCGAAUGAUAUAAAUUUAUUCUCAUGGAUUCCAUUAAUUGCAUUGGUUAUUUUAGAUAUUGGAUGUAUUGCUCUUGCAGCAACUGCAGGUAUACUAUCAGUUGAACUCUUUUCCAUUCAAGUGAAAAGCACUGCUCUUGCAUUGCUAUUUUUGGAAGGUCAACUUCUUGAAUUCUUGAUAAAAUUAACUUUUGAAAAUAUCACCAACAAUAUUGGGAUUCAUGGUACUUUAUGGAUUUAUUGUGCAUUAUGUUUCGGUGUAUCGCUUAUAGGAUUUUAUGUUACACCUGAAACUAAGGGCAAAACUUUAGAAGAAAUUCAAUUAUUAUUAGACUAGUUGAGAAAGAAAGUAGAAAAAUUUUAGAAAAUAAUUAUUAUUUCUUUUAAAUGCAAAAAUUAUUGAUUCAAAUAUUAUAAAUAUUUAUUUGAUAAUACUCAAUUAACCGAGUAUGUUUGAAUCGAUUAAAUUUUUUUUCAGUGUAAUUUAUUAAUGUCUAAUAAUAUCAUUUUGAAGAAAAUUGAAAAAAAUAUUAAACAAUUAGUUGUUGAAUAUAUUAAUCCAUCAAAAAGAGAAUUUACUCUAUUAGUUAAAAUCAAAAAUGUUUAAAUAAUGAAUUUUAUUUUCGUAGGGCGAAUAAAAAAUAAGUGUCUUAUGUUUAAGUGUUUAAUUGAUUUAAUUAUUAAUGAUCCUUGCGUUUAAAAUAUAAGAAACAAAGAGAACAAAAAUUUAAAAAAUUCUUUCUCAACAUUAUAGUUGCCUAUGAAUGUUUAUUUUACUUAUAAAUUACGCGUUGUUAUUUAUAUAUUUUUUUUUUAUUUUCGGUAUAAUCCCAAGAAGCACGUAAUAUAACCUCAAUAUCAAGGUAAUAUUACACGUGAGAUUCGUAAUAUAACGCUGUAAUAUUACAGUAAUCUUACAGUGAUCUUAAAAUGUCCGCCUCAAGGUAAUAUUACCGGGAAUAUUACUGUAAUAUUAACGGUAAUUUUACAGUAAUAUUAACGGUAAUAUUACAGUAAUAUUACAGACUGAUUUAAGUUAUUCAUAAAGCAUAAAAAACGUAAAUAUAUUAUAAGUCAAUUUGGCUUGUUGGUAAAACUCUGAACUCGUGUGCUUUGAGUUCGGGGUUCGAUUCCCUGGAUGGGUAGAUUUUUUUCGUAAAGAAAUGUUCCCAUAAUAUUACUGUAAUAUUCUCUUGUAAUAUUACCUUAAUAUUACGGUAUAAUAUUACUGCAAUAUUACUGUAAUAUUACCUUAUUAUUAGCGCGUAAUAUUACAGAAACAUUACCGGUAAUAUUACCUUGAGGCGGACAUUUUAAGAUCACUGUAAGAUUACUGUAAUAUUACAACGUUAUAUUACGAAUCUUACAUGUAAUAUUACCUUGAUAUUGAGGUUAUAUUACGUGCUUCUUGGGAUUGAGGGUCUGGAUGCUAUAAGGUUAUACGCGCCACAUUAAUUAAAUGACGCGUAUCACCUUAUAGCAUCCAGCCCCUCAAGAAGAUUCUAUCGGUAGAAAUUUCUAAAAGUUAUUUUAUUAGAAACUUAUACAAUUUUUUAAUAAAAUAACUUUUAAAAAUUUCUACUAAAAAAAAUAAAUAAAUUGUGCACUAAAAUAAAAAAAAAAUUAAUUUAUAGGUGUACAAUUAAGGACGUUUUAUAUCCAAAAAUGCAGACCUCUAGAAAAAAAUAUUAUUAAAUAGUAUUUAAAUAUAUGUAGUUUUUAAAAAAAUUAUUUAGUAUCUUUUAACGUAUUUUUUUAAAUUUUGUAAAACUGAUAAAAUUAUUAUCAACGAAACCGAAGAAUAGUAAUAACAUUUUUUGCACUAAAAAUAAAAGAUUGCAGUUUGCUUUUAUAUCAUUUAGAAAAGUAUACAUUUUUAUCGAUAGCUUUAAAAGUUAUACAUAACAGUAGCUUUAAAAUUUAAGAAUCUUUUAUUUAAAAAUUUUUACGUCUUAUGUAGUGGGUUCAUUCAAUUAUAACUUAAGCAUCUAAGGAGGAGGGGGGGAGGGUUCUUCAGUUGCUAAUGCGCCAUACAUAAUUUUUAUUUUUCCCAUUACAAUAUAUGUUUAUUUGGGGGAGGUGGGGGUCCAAAACCCUUGAAAAUAUGCUUAGGUAAUACAUAAAAUAUACAUAUAUAUGUCCACCCUUUUUCAACUUUGCUCUUAAAAUGCUAAAUAAUGUUUUUGAAAAUUUUCAAAAACAAUUUUUGCUGAAAAGUCAUGAGGAAAAUUUUCUAAAAUUCUAAAUUGCAAUUUUUCUGCAAAUAAAUUUUUAAGUUUUCUCAAAAGUUAUUUUAUUGUCAAAAAUUUUUUAUUUGAUUAUUUCUCUUAUAUUUUCCUGUGAUUUAAUUAUUUUAAUUUUAAAAAAAUUUUGAAAAAUUUUUAAAUUCUAAAAAUUUGAGAAAAUAACUUUUCAGAAAUUUAAAAAUUUUAUUUGUAUAGAAAAUUUUCAGAAACCUUAUUUAGCAUUUUUGUAGCAAAUUUGCAGCAAGCUUUCUGGAUAACAAUACAGGUUAUAUAUCUUGUCCAAUUUUUAAAUUUAAAUUGACCAAUGAAAAUAUUUCACAAAAAAAAACCGUAAACUGAAAUCAAGAAUUUAAAUAUUCUUAAAAUAUGCGCCAAGAAAUCCAAGAAUAUAUUCUUAAUUUCAGUUUACGAGUUUUUCUGUGUUAUUAUUAGUUUCCUUUUGUUAAUUAUAAGAAAUUUAUAUUAUUGUUAAAUUGUAAAUUUAAUUAUGUUUUAACUUUUUUAUUUUCUUUAUUUUUGUUCAAUAUUAUUCUUUAUGUCAACUUUUUGUUUAAAAAAAGCCAUUAAAAUAAUAUUGGUUUAUAUGUGUAACAGUAAAAGAAAGUUAUCAUUUAAAAACUGCCAACAUAAAAUAAUCAAUAAAAAUUUUGUGAUACAGUGAACCAUUUGUAAACUUUAGUUGCACAAUAAUUUUCAGUUCCAUAAUAUAGUCACUCUACUGAACGUAUAUCGUUAUUUGUUAUCUUCUCAAAAAAAAAAAAAAAAAAAAAAAAAAAAAAUAAGCAAGAGAAGUUCUAUUAACAAAAAAUCUGCGGUCAUUGAAAGUGCAGAAUUACUAUAAAAGAAGAACUAAAAGAGAAAUUAAUAAAUGAAAGGAAAUAUUAAUUGUAACAACAUACAAUGAAUAGCACAACAAUAUAUGCUCAAUAUUUAUCAAAUUUACAGCUUUUUCCUGUUUGUGUUUUUUUGGGUAUCACCUUUUAUAAGAGUUACUUUCUUUCACUAGAUGAAGAAGAAGAAGAAAGUCUAGAUUACCCUGAACUAUUUACUUUUUUUGAAUAUUUUGAUAAUUUGGACAAUGAAUUUGAGAUGAAAAAUCAAUUUUUACAAAAACUGCUAAAAGAAAGUCUACCUUCUCAGAUUGAAGAUUAUGACAUACCUAAUACAAAAAACGUUGAUGAAAAAUAUCAAUACAUCAUCAAGACAAGUAUAAUCUACGUACGAGGUGUAGAAGAUAAAUCUUUAAGAAUUGAAAUAUUCGACCAACCAAAGAAUAAAAUGUUCCAGUUUUAUCAGGAUUUUAGUCAAAGUCAACGUUUUCCGUUAAAUUACAUCGAUAAAAGCCGAUGUCUUUUGGAAACAGGUGUCGAAUUUAGUUUUUUUAUAACUAAAAGUAUGUAUGAGAAAUAUAUUUCACCAAUAUUCCAAGGAAAAAAUUCUCAAAUGACAAGAAAUUUGGACUUUCCCUGUUCUUUGGAUGAAUCUUUAUACAAUAGCUGGACAAUGGCACUAAAACAAUUUUGUGAUAAAGGCAUAUUUGGUAUAAGAAAAGAUAAUGUUUUAUUGGACAGAGUUAAAAAAAUUGUCGAGGUAAUUAAUAAUUGUCAAAUCGUAGAACUAGAAAAACAAAGAACUGAGAAUAAAAAACAAAUAAGUAUGUUUUUUAGAGAAACAUAUUUUAAAAAAUGUAAUGCUUUAAAUAAUAGUAUAAAAGAAGAAGAUGUGUUUUUUUUUAAUGAUAUUACUCUAUUGACAGAUGAUGUCAAAGUUGGAAAUAUAUAUAGGCAAAAGUCAAUCAAUUCUUCAGGCGUUACAGAUGUUGUUUUUCAUAUAACAUUUAAUUCUAAACAAGGACUUAUCGAUUUAGCUGCAUUUAAUGAAAGGUUUAAAAAUCAAUACAUUGUAUUUCCAGAAGUUGCGUUCAUUGUAACAUAUAAAAGACAAUUUAAAGAAUUUCUACAAAUGGAUCUGAUGGAAAAACCUCUUACUAUAGCCAAAUGGAAGUCGAUUAGAAAGAAUAUAUAUAUGUCAUUUACCAAUAAAGAGAAGUCUAAAAGAAUGAAAAUUAUUGAGAAUGCUGCAUACCUUACAUCCUUAAAAACUGUCUAUAAUUUAAAUGAGACGGAAGAAUAUUUAAAACAAUAUAUUUUAAACAUUGAUGAUGAGAUUAUAAGUUCAGUUCCUUCUUAUAGUAUGCUAGUAAGAGAGAUUCAAGAAGGAGAAGAAGAUGAAGAAUUAAAAUUGUCACACAUAUAUAAGCCUUAUUUUAUGAGUUCUAGUAACAUUGUCAUUGAUGAUGUGCUAUUUAACAAAAAAAAUACAUUAUAUCCGGUUAAUUAUUUGAAUGAUGAAAUUGUUAUGAUAAGAUAUGUUGCUAAUGAGUUUAUUGAUUUGGAUGUAAUAGAACCUGUAUUUAAAAAAUAUUUGAAUGAACCUAAAAUUAAGCACAACAUUAACUUUUGGCAAUACUAUUUUAUCAUUAAAGUUUUUUAUGAAAAUGAACACGAUGAUUAUUAUAUACGUGCAAUUAAUGUUGCAUUAUAUUCACAGGCUAUGAGGCAAUGUGAUGAGGAAUCUGCCAAUGUUGAAAAGAUCUAUUAUCGUGCUGAGUAUAUACCUAUUAAUGAAUUCAAAAUUUUAUCAGAAAUUGUAAAUGGUACGGUAUUAAAUUAUCAAGAAACCUAUGAAAUUCAUUAUACUAAAAAAGAAGCAUUGGAAAAUUGUCUAUUUACUAAUUCUUCUUCUGUUGGUAAAUUAAUUAUUCACAAACUGAGAAUUAAAAACCAAGCUUUAUUAUUAGAUUUAAAUCGUAUAAUGAAUAAAGGUUUAAAAAUGAAGUACUUACUUACUCGAGUUAUUGUAUUGAAGAAAAAUAUCAUGAAGCCGAUAACAAUUGAAGGUGAAGAAGUUAUGGAACUGAUAGAAACUGACGACUAUAUUCCAAAAGAGAAGAGAAUAGUUCAACUAGCACGUCUGAUUAGUGAACAAUUUUAUGACGACGAACUUACGACAAUGGUAUAGGAUCAGACGAUUGUGAUGUUGAUAUAAUAAUGACUUGAAAUCAUAUAAUGUUAUUUCUUUUUCCUUCAUAAUAAAUCUGUGGCAUUUUCACUUUAAAAAGUAGUCAUCUUAUUAUAAAACACAAUGAUAGUCACUUUUAUAAGAUAUUUUCCAAAAAACUAUUAAAAACAUCUUAAAAUGCAUUAAUUUUUAAGAUGUAAGAAUGGUUACAGGAUCUUUUAAACAUUUUAAAAGUGACUAUACAAUGUAAUUUAAAAUAUUUUUUUUUUUUUUGUAUUAUUUUGACGAUAUAAAAAAAUUUGUUGUAUUUCGUAAUACAAUACAUUUAAUAAUAAUGAUCUAUGAUUGAAUA